GCCUUUCACUCGUGAAUUUGUGUGAAUUAUAUAUGUACAUACUGUAUGUUGAAAAUAUAUUGCAAACUAUAUUUGUAUGAAGUGAUCAUGAUUCCUAUAUAAUAUGUAUAAUUAUAGUAAGAAUUCUUGUAGUUAUAAACUUGUAUAACAUGACAUAAAUUAAAAUUCUAUCUCCCCUAUAUUAAUACACAAUAUCUUUUACAGCAUUAAUGUUACAUUUAUUUAGUGCUUAUAAACUUGUGUUUUGAAAAGUCAAAACAAAUAAAUUCCUUUAUGUCUCUAGAAAAUUAUUCAAUCUUUUGUACUCACACUAACCAUAUUUUAAUUUAAAUCGAGUCGGCGAUUAAAAUAAAUUUAAUUGAAAAAACUAGAAACUUUUGAAUUGCAAUAAAUAUCUAUAAAAUGAAAAGAAAUAAUUAUUACAAUGAACGAAUUAAUAUUUUUGUUUAAUAAAAAAAAGUGUUUCAUGCACUCAAUGAUAUUAAUUUUAAUAGUAUAAGUCAGUGUUUCUUAAACUUUAUUCUUCCAUGGAGCUCCCCAAUAAAAGAAAGAGUUGCCGCGUCUCUAGAAUUGAUUAAAUUAUUUUUUAUUUUAUUUUCCAAUUUUUUAAAUAUAUGUUCUUCUCUUGACUGUUCACGAGUCUGCAGAGAAUAGGUUGAGAAACACUGGAGUAAGCUACUUAUUUUCUUCUAAUUUUACUGUAGAGAAUACAUUUACUGUAGUAAUCUUCCUAAAAUACGAGUAUCCCUUAAGUCAACAUAAAUUUAAGAAGAAUAAACAUCAUGUGUACUUCAGGAGAUUAUAAAUGAUAAAUUGGAUAUACUGAUCUGCAUUUCAGUGUACGCAGAAUGCAAGUCUGUUACUAGUCGUAUACAAGUCUUGUAAGCUGGUGUCUGCGUUGAAAUGAUAUUUGCCAGGAAUAAUUCUAUGUUAUGAUAAUUGACAACAGGUGCCUUUGCAGCUCUUAAUAAGAAGUAAGACAUCAUUAUUAGUCAUGGCAGUGAAAAGGUGCUUGACAGAAGGAGGCACAUAGAAUACAAGAAAACACGUCUCUUCACGAUAUAUUAAUCGUUAUUGAUGCAUGUUAUUUAAUACAUUAUUUAAAAAUUACUCCACGAAACUUUUAAUAUCUUUUCUUCCAAGUAAACUCGUGUACAUGUUUACAAAUGGUUUCAUUAAACAAUACAAAUGUGCAAGUAUUCGUGUUAGUAUUAAAUGUGCUACUUCAAUCUGUAGAAUCUACUCAAUCUUUAGUAACAAAUGAUAUCAGAGGAAAUUUAACAUGCCCACUACCAUUGACAACACUGGAUUUUAUUUACAAUUUCACACAACCUAAUUUAGAAAUUGUAUGGCCCUGUGAAGUACGUGCUCACUGGCUAACGUUACAGCCGUUUGUCAAAUUUGUACGUUUCUUGCUUAGCUAUAUAACACCGUUUAUUAUAAUUCUUGGUGUAUUGUUAAAUACAGUUUCUUUUGGAAUGUUAAGCACUCCCAUACUUUGUGAAUCAAAUUUAUCUCGUUAUUUAAAAGCACUCGCAUUAUCUGAUAAUGGAGCACUAAUUUUCAAUUAUGGUGUGGGUAUUGCAAAGUCUCACUUCACAUUUGUUAAUAAUCUUUUUAUGAAUAGUAGGUUUCUGUGCAGCUUAAAUUCCGUAACAAUGGAAUUUUUUCAAUUUACAUCUACUUGGCUGGUCGUAGCUCUCACGUGGACCCGACUCUUUGCUAUUAUGUUUCCGUUUGGAAUUCGUGGUCAUUGUUACAAUUGUUCCGAAAUAGUAACUCUUACUAUUUUAAUAUGUACCACUUUUAUAAUAUCACUGACAAAAUUAUAUUCGGGAGGAUAUGAAACUGACAGUGUUUUCGAAUUUAUACCAUGUCAAAAAAUGAUAAUACCAUGGGGCAGUCCAAUGUAUUUUUACAUUGCUUUAUCAACGUGGCUACCUUUGCUUUUUAUAUUUAUUGGAAAUAUUUUACUUAUUAUACAUAUGAAGAAAACAGAAAAAAUUCGUUCUCAGUUGACUCAAAAUUUCAGACAUAAAGCAAACAGAACACAUCAUACUUCCAGAAUAUUAUUUGUCGUAUCAACGGUUUAUUUAGUACUGAUAUUACCUCUCGGCAUAGUUGAAACUUUGGAACUUUACUGGGAUGUUAUUUUGAUCAAAUAUCCCGCUACUGAGGGAAAGGAGAAAAUGGAAUAUGUGCAUUGGUUGAAAGAGAAAAUGCUAUUGAAAUGGUGCCGUGGGUUGUGUUUCCAUGUGUAUCAUUGGAAUUUUGCAAUUAAUUUUUUUUUAUACUGUCUAACAGGUAAAAAAUUUAGAAACGUUGUGAUACAAACCAUGAAACGUUACAAGAAUAUAAUAUUCUCAGUAUUUUUCAAACACAUUGACAAAUGUAUAUCUUGUUCAAAUUAUUCUACACAUUUAAAGACUGUACAGUCUUCAAAUGUGUUAUUGAUAAGAGCUAUUACAUUAAGUGAACACUCUAUUAGUGGCAGUGUUUUGCAAAGCAAUAGUAACAUUAUUGCAAAUAAUUAAUAGAAAUGUAAUAUUGGAAAACUUUUUAAAGACUGUUAGCAUUAAACAUUGUGAAUUAUGUUUUCA